CCAAAAAACCAAAAAAAAAACUGAGUUGAUAAAUCAUAAAAAUUAAAUUAAAUCACAACCCAUGAAGUUGGUGAGACUUAUAAAGGCAGGGUCUAAUUCAAUCACCAUUCAUUCUCUUUCUCUUGAUAGAAAGUCAAACUUUUCGUCUGAAAGGGAACACCGUCCAAGAGAAGAGCAUCCAAAGAAGAAGAAAACUCCAUUAAUGGAGAAAGAGGCAGCAGAAAUAUCAACAGAACUCAAUUUCGACAGCACAACUUCAUCUCCAUACAUAACAGCUCCUUCAAGCCCAACCCUAUUUGGAAACAACAAUGCUUUCUUCUUCAGUGCACCCACAAGCCCUUCUCCUUCGACUUCUUCCAAUAUACCCUUUGACUGGAGUGACCAACCAAGAACUCCCAAGAAGAGAUCAGCCAGCGAUAUUGAUGAUGAUUUCGAGUUCAAUUUCAGUGGACAAUUGGAUAAAUCUUUUUUCUCUGCCGCCGAUGAGCUCUUCGACGGAGGAAAAAUUCGACCUUUAGGGCCCUCACUCCCUCCUGUUGUUUCUUGUGUUCUUGACAGAGAAGAUUAUGGUCGAGGAAGAGACAGGUCUCCCGGAUCUUCUACGUCUCCGUUGAGGGUUUCAGACAUUAUGGUUGAUGAAGAAGAAGUGCAUGAGACAACACAAAUGGUUGCUUCUAACACAAGCAACCAGAAAUCCUCUGUUUUCUUGUCAGCGAUUUUGUUCCCUGGUCGAGCAUAUAAGAAGUGGAAACUCAAAGAUCUGCUGUUAUUCAGGAGUGCAUCCGAUGGUAGACCUGUUCCAACCAAAGAGUCGUUGAGAAGAUAUGAUAUACUUACAAAGAAAGAGGCAGAGGAAAUAAAAAGUUCGAGUAUCCGAUCAAGAGAGAGUUGUGAAUCGUCAGUGUCUAGGUCAAGGAGAAGGCAUGGCACGGUGGUUUCGGCUCAUGAGAUGCAUUACACUGAGAACAGAGCAGUGUCAGAGGAGUUGAAAAGGAAGACGUUCUUGCCGUACAAGCAAGGCUGGUUAGGAUGCUUAGGAUUUAACCCUGCGGUCCAUGAAAUUUCAAGAGUUGGGUCCCUGUCACGUGCUGCUUCCUCUUAAUCCCUCUUGUGCCUUUUGUUUUAUAUAUAUUUUUUUAUGGCUUAAAUUUUCAGAGGUGGUGGUGAGAUUCCAUCUAAUUGAUGGGGUGUAUAUGAUAUUGUUUCAUUCGUAUAACGUUUUGAUACAAAUGAUAAAAGGAAAAAAAUGUAAAA